CUCCCUGUUUUUGCAUCCUCCACUGAAAAAAACAAACAUCAUCCAAAACCCCAAACCAAACCACAAUCACCUCUCUCACUCACUCAUUCAAGAAUUGAAAAAAAAAAACACAGUUUCUUGGUGAAUUGGGAUCUCUCACCACUCCAUGGCUGCUGCUGCUACUUUUAUCUCUGCCCCUGCAACCUUCCACGGCGGGUUUUCGGCUUCCCUGGGCGGCGAGGGCUACUCGGCCCUUGCCCGGACAAUGCCCGUGGCGGUUCGGGUUUCAAGCCCGGUCCGGGCGCAACCGAUGAUGAAGAAUGUUAAUGAAGGGAAGGGGCUUUUUGCUCCAAUUGUUGUCAUUGCCAGGGACAUUAUUGGCAAGAAAAGGUUUAACCAGCUCAGAGGCAAAGCCAUUGCUUUACACUCUCAGGUGAUUACAGAGUUCUGCAAAUCAAUUGGGGCAGAUCCGAAGCAGAGGCAAGGAUUGAUUCGGCUAGCAAAGAAGAACGGGGAGAGGCUUGGGUUCCUUGCUUGACGGCUUCAUCAUUUAUAAUGGUCAGAAUAAUCUCAGAAGCUUUGUAUUUACUGUUUUUAAAAAAGAUUUCAGACAGAAUUUGUUUAUAUUUAUGCAUUUCAUAGUGAUUUACCAUUACCAUCUGAAUCCAAGAUUAGGCCAAAAUGAUUGUUUGAUUAAGCCAAAGAUGGAGUUGCUAUGUCAAACUCUGACAAUAGACAUAGGUGUUUCGG